GCAACGACAAAUCAGCGUCGCUAGUUCGCCACCGUAUUGGAAAAAGCAUGUUAGGUUGCGCAAUAUAUAAACCUCUGCUUAGCUUCUUGUCGGGAGGGGAAAGAGGGAGUGAGGAAGAUGGCGGCGGUUCUUAGUGAGGGUGGCAGGUACGGACUGUCCUGUGGGAGGGGGACCCAGGACCAGGUUACCGUACUACACGUCAAACUCACUGAGACCGCCUUCCGCGCACUAGAGGGCCACCAGAACACUAAGAAUUCUUUAACGUCCCGACCAUCCAUUCAAUUUAAGGGACUACAAGGAUGUAUCAAGAUCCCAAAGCCAGAUUGCCUUGGUGAUGUGCACAACUUUAACUUCUAUCUGUCAAAUGUGGGCAAAGACAACCCUCAGGGUAGUUUUGACUGCAUCCAGCAAACUGUCUCCAGUUCGGGGUUGUCCAAAUUGAACUGCCUAGGAUGCAUACAAGAUAAAAUAACAGUAUGUGCCACAAAUGACUCCUACCAGCUGACAAGAGACCGCAUGACCCAGGCAGAAGAAGAAACGCGGAGCCGUAGUACUAAAGUCAUAAAACCAGGGGGACCAUUUGUAGGGAAACGAGUCCAGAUUCGCAAACCAGCAAAUAAUAUUCUAGAUACAGCACCAGAAAGGAAGAGAUCAACGCCCAUUAACCCUGCAAGUACGAUAAGAAAAUCCAAUCAAAGCAGCGUAAUUGCACAGCGGCCCUAUAGAGAGAGGGUGAUUCAUCUGCUGGCACUGAAGCCUUAUAAAAAACCUGAGAUACUGGCUCGAUUACAUAAAGAUGGAGUUAAUCAAAAAGACAAGAACUCCCUCGGAGUCAUUCUGCAACAGGUUGCCAAUUUAAAUCCCAAGGAUAAUUCCUAUACCCUGAAGGAUUUUGUGUACAAAGAAAUACAGCGAGAUUGGCCUGGGUAUCUGGAAGUUGAUAAACAUUUAUUAGAUCAAGUGCUCUCUAGAAAACUUAACCAGUCUCAAAGUAAUACCACCAGCACCAGUCAACCAGAUUCACCUACAGUGGCAACAUCCUCAUCUCCCUCCCAGAAACGACCUCUGGACACAGAAUUUAUUGACCCUUUGAUGAAUAAAAAGCCACGGAUUUCUCAUCUUACGAACAGAGUCCCGCCAACAAUGAAUGGUCAUCUGAGUUUGACCAAUGAAAAAUCAGCACACCCUCCUCCACCUUCAGCUGCCACCCCAUCCCUUCUACCACUUCCUACUGCACGCCUUCCAGUUUCUAACCCACAGAAUAUAAACUCUAACUCCAAUUCUCCUAGUACCCCAGAGGGUCGGGGUACACAGGAUUUGCCAGUGGACAGCUUUAGUCAGAACAGUGGCGCCUAUGAGGACCAGCAAGAAAAAUAUACCUCUAGGACUACUCUGGAAAAUUCAGUACCAACUCCGAUAAAAUUGAGUGUUUCAGAUCCAACAGACGAUAAAAGUAGCACAUUGCACAAAAAGGCAAAGAAGGCCAAAAAACAUAAGGACAAAGAACGUAAAAAACAGGACUCUGAAUCUGCAGAGGAAAACAAAGCGGCACACUUGAAAAAAGAACAAAUUGUGAAAAUAGAAGAGAGUUCGUCCUCUGAGAGGAAAAAAGGGCUGAAAGACACUUGCACUGCAUCCGAUCCAACAUCAACCACAGAGUUACCAGAUUACAUGGUCAAAUACACUGUCAUUGUGUCUAGUGAGCAGAGACAAACUUACAAAGAUGACUUCAAUUCAGAAUAUGACGAGUAUCGUAGUUUGCAUGCCAGAGUUGAAAAUGUCACUAGGAAAUUUAUGCAACUCGACACACAGCGGAAGAGUCUGUCUCCUGGUUCUAAAGAAUAUAAGACAGUACAUGAAGAGGUUCUUCAGGAAUAUCGAAAGAUAAAAGAGACGAGCCCCAACUAUUAUGAAGAGAAGUACAGAUGUGAAUAUCUGCACAACAAGCUCGCUCACAUUAAAAGACUCAUAGGAGAGUUUGACCAACAACAGGCCCAGUCCUGGCACUAAAAGCUCGGCUUAAUCAAGAUGUGAAUAAAUAACAUUAUUUAUUGAAAAGAAAUUCCAGAUGUGUUACGCUAGAAUUAAGAAACUUUUCAGGAGUUUCAGUAUUAGCUGACUUUUUUUUCCCCUCCCCCUCCUCUUUCCUGUUCCCCCUGCUUAUUUAAAAGCUGCUUUCUCAUCCUUGUUCUUUGGACUUGCAUUUAUCUGCGGAGAUCAAUGUAGCUACUGAAUUUUGCAGUGCUUACCAUUGAUGAUAAACUGCUCAUUCGAAACAAUGUGCUUUUUGGAUAAAUGUCUGUCUCUUAAUGCAAAUCUUUUGCCCGGAAAGGUGGAAGGUUUAAAAAAAAAAAAUUUUUGCACAAAAUGUAUUUAAAAAAAAACAAACAAAAAAAGGGGUUUGGAAAGUUAAGGUACGGAUGACCUAAAUACCGUCUGUCUUUAACUUGAACUUUGCAGAUUGUACCCCCCCCCCCACUGCAAUGGAUGCCUUAAGGUGUUUGCUUGUCUUUACUCGGGUAGCAAUAUGGCUACUCUGCUUCCCCCGUUUCUUUAUUAUUGGGAAGCACACUAUGGCCUAUCAGCGUCUGACAGUGAGCUUGGAUGCGUGAGUGGGUGUGAGCAUGCAUGACUAAAUCACAAUGCUGCUAUUUAAUAGGCCUAAUGCUCAGGUUCAACAGCUGACAAGUGUUAUUGUAGUUUUUGUUUUUUUGUUUUCCUAUGAAUUUACUACUUUUUUUGGGGGGGUGGGACUAAAGCAUUUCCAUUUCAAAAGUGUCAGCAAUGUUAACAUGGGAAACUGAGGGAAACUGACACUUUGAUAAGCCUCCUCAUUUCCAAGGGGGAUGCUACUCGUGAAGGUGUUUAACCAAUAUAAUUUUUGGACAAAAAAAGGUAAGAAUUGUAACCGUAUAGGUGACCUAUUUAUAUACUGAUAUAAAGUAUUUUUUUGAAGAAAAAAAGAUAUGCAAAGAAGCUAUUUACCUACAUGUAUAUUUAAUUUCCUUUUCCUCCUGGGAGCCAGGGGCUAGACUAAAUUACAGAUCUAUUUAACUUUACAAAUACUGUGAUCAUUCGAGAGCACAAACUUGCAUAUCAGGCAAUGUACCCGUUUACGUUGAAACUUUUAUUUUGUUUUUUUUUUUUUUUCCAUGUGGGAACAGAUGUAUAUGAUUAAUUAUCUUGACAUUAUCGGAUAUUUUUGUCCUCCUUCAGUAAGCGAUGCCAAUGAAAAAGGGAAGCAUUAUGUUUACAGAUGUGAUUAUUGGAAUGUUUGCCAAAAAUAUUUGGUAUCUCUAAUAAACUUUGCCUCCAGCA